AUGGCGUCCGACGACAAAAUCUCACUAGAAUUCAUCACCACGGGCAACGUAUGGAUGCGCAACCCGAUGCAGGGCCAGCCCAUCACCAACCGUAACAUCGCCUUGCGCCUGCUCCGCUCCUUUACGGGCGAAUGGAUUGGCCCCAUGCCGCUCGGGGCCUUCCUCAUCCACCACCCCAAUGGCCCGAUCCUGUUUGACACGGGCGUCUCGACGCACUGCACGGAGCCGGGCUACUUCCCCUGCUGGAACCCGGUCCCGGGCAUCCUCAACAAGCUCGAGGUCACAAAGGAGGACGGCAUCGUCGAGCAGCUCAGCCAGCGGGGCAUUAAGCCGACGGACCUGCAAUUCAUCAUCAUCAGCCACUUGCACCACGACCACGCGGGCGGGCUGGAGGAGCUGGCCGUCGCGGCGCCGGAGGUGCCGAUCUACGUCGGCUCCGAGCACUGGGACGCCUUCGGGAAGCACCCGAUCUACGCGGCCAUGCAGGGGUGCACGCCGGACCGCUGGCCCAAGGACUUCCAGCCCCGGAUACUCGACUUUGAGGAGAAGCGCGCGGUCGGGCCGUGGGAGAGGUCCUGCGCGCUGACGGCGAACGGGACGGUGGUGGCGGUGGACACGCCGGGCCACGUGCCCGGGCACAUCUCGCUGAUUGUGGUGGGCGACAACGACGACGGGACGAAGACGAAGUACCUCCUCACGGGGGACGCGACGUACGCGAUCAGUGUGCUCGAGAAGGAGGAGCCGGACGGCGCGAACAGCGAUCCGGUGGCGGCGUUUGAGAGCCUGAAGAAGAUCAAGGAGUAUGCAAGGCACCACGACGUUGUUGUCUUGCCGAGUCACGAUCCGGAUACGCCACGGUUACUGAAAGAGAAGGUGAUCUAUCGGCCGAAGGACUAG